AUGGCUACCUUGAGCUGGGAUGCAGAAGGUGCAGAGCUGCGAGCCCGCACGUGCAAGAAGCAAUGGAAGAAGCAGGGACCUGAGAUGAGGUGGGAAAAAAAGGAUGGGAAACUGCAAAAUGGAAACGGAGCACAUGGCAAUUCUGGCUAUGGACUUUUCCCCCCCUUCACCUCAAGCAUCCCGUCCUUAACUGCACCGCUGAUGGUCCGCUGCACCCCUCCACCGUCGCCGGCACAGCGCAGGCAAGUACUCCGUACCUACCUCAAUGAAGGCAGGUACUUCGUCAUCGCACCCGACCCUGCCUUCCUUGCAUUGGGUUGGGUCACUUGGCCAUUCACAUUGGGCGCCGGGCCUCUGUUCACUGAGACUGAGUAUGAAGCAGCACAUGGCGGGCAUGAAAAGAAUGGCAUCAUCUACCUUACCUUGGCUCACCUUGGAUACCAUUCCUACCUGACUUUUCCUCGCCUUGCCUUACUGUAUGCCUUGGGCACCGUAGGUCAUGCGCCCUGCAUGCACGGCCCAUGCCCGGUAGCCAGCUCCAUCAAAAGUUAUUCCAAGGCUGAUGCCCUGAGAACUCAGCACAGCGAUAAUCCCCUCACUGCUCCUAGCCCAUCCCGAUGGGUCGACCAGCUUGUCAACUGGGAUAGCGCUGUCCGGAGCAUAUGCCCCGACCUAGAGGCAUUUGUGACCCCAUCUUGCACUGCAAUUUGA